UUCAAACUCUCUCUCAUUCUCUCUCUUCAUGGCUACCGCUUCAGCAACUCCCAUUUUCUCCGCUCUGAAAAUCUCUUCCUCUUCUUUUUCCAAACCCCUCUACAUCCCUUCAAAUCCCCCCAAAAUCUCCGGCGAAUGGCAUCAAAAUCUCCCCUACAGACGAGAAUUUCUCAAGGGAAUCGCUCUAAUCUCCAUACUUCCCAUCGUCCCCUCAAUCGCCGAAGCUCGAGAGGUCGAGGUUGGCUCUUACCUGCCUACCUCACCGUCCGAUCCAUCUUUCGUGCUCUUCAAGGCCACUCCAAAGGAUACUCCCGCGCUUCGUGCAGGAAAUGUGCAGCCCUAUCAGUUCAUCCUCCCACCUACUUGGAAACAGACACGUGUUGCUAACAUCUUAUCUGGAAACUACUGCCAACCCAAGUGUGCCGAACCAUGGGUGGAGGUGAAAUUUGAAGAUGAAAAGCAAGGCAAAGUUCAGGUGGUAGCUUCUCCAUUGAUACGUCUGACUAACAAGCCCAAUGCUAGCAUUGAAGAAAUUGGAAGCCCUGAAAAGCUGAUUGCCUCCCUUGGCCCCUUUGUGACUGGGAACACAUACGAUUCUGACGAGCUCCUUGAAAUUUCAGUGGAAAAACUUGGUGACCAAACGUACUACAAAUAUGUGCUCGAGACUCCAUUGGCCUUGACGGGUUCACACAAUCUCGCGAAGGCAACUGCAAAGGGAAACACGGUCAUCUUAUUUGUGGCGAGUGCCAACGAAAAGCAAUGGUCGACCUCUCAGAAAACUCUCAAAGCCAUAUUGGAUUCUUUUCAAGUGUAAUUGUCAAACAAAAACUGUUCCUCAUUGAUUCAUUUAUUUUCCAUACACAUAAUAUCAGCAUGUCUAGCAUAUGAUUUGUUGCA